CAUUCUUGGUUUCCUUUCUUGUGGCAAAGGUCAGAAGAGAUUCUUGUAUUAUAUAUGAAAAGGAAAAUCAGAGCUUAAAUUAACUCUCCCAAUCUCAUUGCUCAUUCUGCUAAAUUACUCAGAAUAAUAUAAAUAUAUAUACUCUGGGAAUAUUUCUCUCAGACUAAUAAAUCUUCUCUGAUAAUUUUGAGCUGAAAAGGAAGUUAGCUAGUUAAAAAGUUAAGUGAAUGGCACCGCCAGCAGCGAUGGAAGACGAUGAGAUCAUAAAGGACGAGAAGAAUCCACCUCCUCUCGACGAAGGCGACAUUGCCCUUCUCAAAACCUAUGGAUUGGGUCCAUACUCAAACAGCAUCAAGAAAGAGGAGAAGGAAAUCAAGGAUUUGGCUAAGAAAAUUAACGACCUUUGCGGUAUAAAGGAAUCUGACACUGGACUAGCUGCCCCGAGUCAAUGGGAUCUUGUCUCUGAUAAGCAAAUGAUGCAGGAGGAGCAACCUCUUCAAGUUGCAAGGUGCACUAAGAUUAUUAGCCCUAACACUGAGGACGCCAAGUAUGUCAUUAAUGUCAAGCAAAUUGCUAAGUUUGUAGUUGGGCUUGGAGAUAAAGUCUCCCCUACAGAUAUAGAAGAAGGGAUGCGAGUAGGGGUCGAUCGCAACAAAUACCAGAUUCAGAUUCCAUUGCCUCCUAAGAUUGAUCCAAGUGUUACAAUGAUGACUGUAGAAGAAAAACCUGAUGUGACAUAUAAUGAUGUUGGCGGAUGUAAAGAGCAGAUAGAAAAGAUGCGAGAAGUUGUUGAGCUCCCCAUGCUUCAUCCAGAGAAAUUUGUGAAGCUUGGAAUUGAUCCUCCUAAAGGUGUUUUGUGUUACGGUCCUCCUGGAACUGGAAAAACACUUUUGGCUAGAGCUGUGGCCAACAGAACUGAUGCGUGUUUCAUUCGUGUAAUUGGAAGUGAGCUUGUUCAAAAAUAUGUUGGUGAGGGCGCUCGCAUGGUUCGGGAGCUUUUCCAGAUGGCGCGGUCAAAGAAGGCUUGUAUUGUCUUUUUUGAUGAAGUUGAUGCAAUAGGUGGUGCACGUUUUGAUGAUGGUGUGGGUGGAGAUAAUGAGGUCCAACGUACAAUGCUUGAAAUUGUUAACCAGCUUGAUGGUUUCGAUGCGCGAGGAAACAUCAAGGUCUUAAUGGCAACAAACAGACCUGAUACACUGGAUCCAGCAUUGUUACGUCCAGGGAGACUCGAUCGCAAGGUUGAGUUUGGAUUACCUGAUCUGGAGAGCAGGGCACAGAUUUUCAAGAUCCACACGAGAACUAUGAACUGCGAAAGAGAUAUUCGUUUUGAGCUUCUUGCACGUCUGUGUCCUAACUCCACAGGAGCCGACAUUAGGAGUGUUUGCACUGAGGCUGGGAUGUAUGCUAUUAGGGCACGUAGGAAGACUGUGACUGAGAAAGACUUCCUAGACGCAGUAAACAAGGUCAUCAAAGGUUAUCAGAAAUUCAGCGCAACUCCUAAGUACAUGGUCUAUAAUUGAGGGAGAUAUUGUACAAGGGAAUGGAGUUGGACCAAUGUAUUUCAUGUUGGAAUUCUGCUUAUUGAUUUUCACUCCCCUUACGAUUAACUUAUCCUCGUUUUACAUUCUUCGUAUCUAAAUUCCAUUGGAAGCAAUUAACUGUA